AUGGCAUUAUUAGGUCACAUUUUAAUUGCUGAGGAAUAUGUAAAUCAAAUGGCUCAUCAACGAUUUACUUUGCACAAAAGAAUUUUGCGUGACAGUUAUAAUCCAUUUGAUUUGAGCGAUUUUAAUUUCAAAAAAUUAUAUCGCUUACCUAAGAAUGUGAUUUUUGAUAUUAUAGAAAAUUUGCGGCCUGUCUUAACUAAAACUCGAAAAAAUAGUUUAAGUGUAGAAAUACAAGUUCUAACUACAAUUCAGUUUUUGGCUUCCGGCUCUUAUCAACGAGGUAUUGGGCACGACUGUUUAAUUCCCAUAAGUCAGCCCAGUGUAAGUCGUUGUAUACAACGGGUCACUCAAAGUUUUUUAACGAUGUAUGCCGGUCGAUGGAUAAGUUUCCCCAAAACUCGAGCAGAAAGGUCAAAUAUUUCUGAUCGAUUUGCACAGACAACCACUUAUCCGGGCGUAUUAGGCUGCAUUGACUGUACACACAUAGCCAUAUUCCCUCCUAAUGAACGCGAGGAAGCGUACAAAAACUUUAAAGGGUUUCAUUCUUUGAAUGUUCAAAUGGUGUGUGAUUCUGAGAUGCGAAUUUUAAACGUUCUUGCAUUCCCUGGUAGUGUGCACGAUCAGUUUUUAUUUACAUCUAGUGCUUUAAGUACAGAAAUGGAGAGAUUACACACCAAUAGAAUUGGACAGUUUUAUCUUUUAGGUGAUUCUGGUUAUGCCUCUGAGCCGUAUAAUAUGUUGAUUCCAAUAUUACACGCAAAUGAAGGGAGUCCUGAAUACAGGUAUACAAAGAACCACUGUUUGGUCAGAAAUAGCAUAGAAAGGGUAUUUGGAGUUCUAAAAGGAAGGUGGCGGUGUCUAAAAAAAGAUUGUGUAUUACACUAUAAACCUCAAAAAGCGGGAGUUAUUAUAAAUUGUUGUGCAAUUUUACAUAAUAUGGCAAUACAGGAGUAUACUUAA